UUACGAUAAGCAUCCAAGAGCUCUAUCCUGACAAGGCGAAAGUGACAUAUCACUUCCCCAUGAUAUAUUUGUGUCUGAAUGCAUGUCACGAAACUCGUCCAAGACGCCGGUGUUCGUAUAUCAUAGUAGCAACAGCAAAACUUAGCUGACAGCACGGCGCCAUACAUACGAGACGGUUACAGGCUAUUUACGUAUGGGCAAUGCUGGCAUGAAGCGGCCGACCUACGCCGAGGCUAGAGGGCAUCAAGUCAUUCUUUGGGUCGUGGCUACGCGGUGAUGCGCACACGAAAAUCAUCCAUAAUGCACAUGGGUCCCUGAAAACUGCCCGCGGAGCGCUCAAUUCGGUGUUGUCCGACUUCUACCUAGGCCAACGCUGCAUGGAGUUCAAUUGUGGCAGAAUUGUAGCAGGAAGCCUGUUCGAAUCCUCGUGGCUUGCAAACAAUCCUUCUCGUUAUGCAUUUCUACCACACAGACCAGUAAGUGCAGGCAGCAAGACAAAAAUGCAUCAUGUUAAGCGAGGUAGAUUUGACCAUGACGAAAAGUCUGCCAACACAGGCAACAAUGCUGACCACGCAUAUCAAUACCGUUUGGCCUAGUUUUUGGGCGUGAAUAGCCUCACGUAUUGACCUGUCAGGGUGAUUCAAAACAUCAGUACUGCUACAUUCCCACUAGGUGGCAUGGCCCGGCAGAGCGGUACGCCAUCGGACAGCCAUCGCCAUCACAUGCAUAUCAAUUACCCUAACCUUAGGCCAUUGCGCGAACCACCAAUGGACAGGGAUCAUGAAAAUCCGAUGGGGUGGUUCGGGUGGAUGCCAAUUGACGGUCGAAGCCUUGUCCACCUCUAAGUUAUUAGUUCAACAAAAAGCGAGGACUCAAUUCCUCUGCCCAUUUCUAGACACAAGGGACGGGAUAUCCGGACAGGAUGCGGCUGGGC